UCAAAGGCCACAGAAGAGAAGAUGGACUGGGGAACAUUGCAGAAGGUUUUAGGAGGUGUGAACAAACACUCCACCAGUAUUGGGAAGAUCUGGCUCACUGUCCUGUUCAUUUUCCGUGUUAUGAUCCUUGUGGUGGCUGCAGAGAGAGUCUGGGGAGACGAACAAAGUGAUUUUGUCUGCAACACUCUGCAACCUGGAUGCAAAAAUGUUUGCUAUGACUACUUCUUCCCAAUCUCUCACAUUAGACUGUGGGCCCUUCAGCUCAUCUUUGUCUCAACUCCUGCACUUCUGGUAGCCAUGCACAUUGCACACAGACGGCACGAGAAGAAAAGGCAGCUCACGAGUGGGGAGAAAGUGGAUAUUGAAGAACUGAAUAAACAGAAGUUUCAUAUUCAGGGCCCCUUGUGGUGGACGUACACCUGCAGCAUAUUCUUCAGAAUAAUCUUUGAAGCUGUCUUCAUGUAUGUGUUUUACGUAAUGUAUGAUGGAUACCAAAUGCCUCGCUUACUGAAAUGUAGCGCGUCGCCUUGCCCCAACACAGUGGAUUGCUUUGUUUCUCGACCCACUGAGAAAACAAUGUUUACUAUUUUCAUGCUUUCUGUGUCUGGGAUCUGUAUGCUGUUAAAUGUGGUUGAAAUGUGUUAUCUGGUGAUAAAAUUUUGUAUGAAAGCACCUAGGAAACCAGCAAUUUUAAAAUAG